AUGGUACCUUCAGCAGUGAAACUAGCCAUAUUCGUGGUAGUUGUGACAUGCUCUAGAGCAAUGGAUGGCAAAGCUAUGCUUCUUCUGGAAUCGAGCAGGAAUGAAACCACCUGUCCACCUUGGUAUACCCCAGACCCAGCUGAUGGUGAGUGCUCUUUCGUUCAUCGGCUGCCACAGAUAGUACGUCAAUAUGGCAACUCUUCCGAGCUCGAGAUGGGGUUUUGUAUGACAGUCACCAACACUAGUAUUGUGGUAGCUCAGUGUCCAUACAUACCAGUCAGCAACAACAUCCGUCACCUCUACCACAACAUCUAUAGAGUCCUGCCGACAGAUUUGGACGAGGUCAACUCUUCGCUGUGUGCUCCGUACAACAGGAGAGGAUAUCUCUGCAGUGAUUGUAAAGAGGGCCACGGACUGGCAGCAUACAGAUACUAUGGACUCAUGUGCGUGAAAUGCUCUCACCCAACACUAAUGCUGGGGGCUUACAUUAUCCUACUCUUUGUCCCCCCAACGUUCUCCUUCUUUUUGUUUUUCUUGUUCAAGACAAACAUUCACUCGGGACAUUUGACUAGUUUUAUCUUCUUUUCCCACACAUUCAUUACAACAAUAUUCUUCUUCCCGCAACUAUCGACACUCCCUCAGAGUCUGUUCGGUUACAAGCCCUUGCAGGUCAUUGUGUCCUUUUACGCAGUCUGGAGUCUCGACUUUGUGCAAUUUCUGAUACCCCCGUUCUGCGUUAGUCCUCACUUGACGACGCUUCAGCUCAUCAGUCUCGGCUAUGUUCCUUCUGUCUAUCCACUUAUCCUCUGUGUCGUAACAUUCUAUCUGAUACAGCUACAUGCUAAAGGAAACAAGUGUAUAGUUGCACUGUGGAAGCCAUUCAAGAAGUUGCUGAAGGUCGAAGUUAAAGAUCUGUCGUCCAUUAUUUACACGUUUGGGAGUUUCGUUCUACUGUCGUACGGAAAGAAUCUGUUUGUAUCGUUUUCACUUUUUCAGAAAUAUUUCCUAGUUGCUCUCGAUCAGAAUUCUAACAGGUUGAAAACACUUCAACCACUAUCAACUGAUUUGAAAACUCCUUUCUUUAGCCCAGCUCACACCCCAUACUUUGUUCUAGGAAUCGUAGGGGGUGUGGUUACUGUCGUACUCCCUCUAGUUCUAGUUCUGAUCUUUCCAACUCGUAUCUUCCCAAAACUCAUCCCCUGUUGUGGACUCAGGAGAUGGCAUGCAAUGCGGACAUUCAUGGAACUAUUCACUGGGAGCUACAAGAAUGGAACAGAAAGUGGGCAAAGGGACUGUCGUUGUUUCGCUGCUCUCUAUUUGAUUGGAAGGAUAGCAGUUGCGUUGGGCUGGGCAACCCAUGCUGGCCCAAACACUUCUGUAGUUCAGUCCUAUGCCUGGCUCAUCACAGCAAUGCCGUUCAUUCUUGUAGCAGUCAUAUUUGCCUUCUUUAAACCUCACCGCAGGCUCUGCAACAAUGCCAUCGACGUCCUCCUGUUCCUCCUCCUGGCAAAAAUCUGUCUGCUUUUUCACUUCAUUUACGAAGUGACUGUCAGUGAGGCUACGUUGAAAGUUUUGGGGUUAAUUGUCCUCAUAGACCUGGCUAUUCCACAAGCAGGAUAUAUCGCAUACAUCACCUUCAGACUUGUUCGUUGGAUAUACUCUGCAGGAUUUAUCAAGAAGAAUUGCUGUAAUGGGCAGGAAGCAUAUCGUCUCCUUCCCAAGUUAUGA